UCGUCUUUACUCUUUUUGAAUCAUCGAUUACAGAGAAUUGAAGGUUAGGGUUUGGAAAUCCCCUUUCUGAUUUUUUUCCGUUUUUGUUUACGUGCAUGUAGUAUAAAGAGCAUGAAUUGUUUAAAAAUACAAAUCGAAUCGCAUUUUGAUUUUCGUUUGUGGGUUGAGUUGAUUGUGAGGUCAUCGUAGUUCUUGUUCUAUACGAUUCUGAGUUAUAUUUUGUUUGGUAUUGAAUUUGCUUUGUGUUUUGAAUUCGUAAUGGACUUAAAAGGCUAAUGAGUUGAUGUUUUUGAUUUCAUGUUUUAUAGGAAUGGAUUACCAGUUUCCAAAACGCUUUAUUGAAGAAGGAGCUGAGACCAAGAUUGAUAAGAUUAACAACACCUGUAGGCGCACGAUUCUGGGGACGCUGAAGGUGGUUCUCAGGGAUGAGUAUCAAGAAGUUUUGAAAGACCCUGUCUUCGGUCCGAUUCUGGCAAUCGUAGAGAACAAGCUUAUUUACUCAGGAAAGGUUAUUCACAGUUUCAUAUGCAAGCAGCUCAAGGUUUCCAAGCUUCACGAGUUGUGGUUUCUAUUUGCAAAGAGGCCUCUCAGGUUUUCUAUGCAAGAGUUUUAUGCUGUGACUGGAUUGAAGUUCAAAGAAGAACCCGACGUAGACUUCAAUAACUGGAAGAGUGAUAAGGGGUUCUGGAGCACGGUGCUGAAGGAAAAUAAGAAGAUCAACUUAUUGGUUAUAAGGGAUGAGCUCCUUAAAGUCUGUAAGGAGUGGACGUAUGUGGACAGGGUGCGACUAGUGUAUCUGUGUAUAAUACAUGGAUUCGUCAUUGCGAAGGAUUUGAGAGUGUUUAUCCCUCACGAGUUCAUCCGUUUGGUGAUGGAUUUUGAGAAAAUGAGGAUGUAUCCUUGGGGUCUUCGCGCCUAUGAUGAGCUGCUUGCAUCAAUAUUCAAAGCAAGGGAAGAUGUGCAUCUGAAGAACAGCUAUGUAUUGGAUGGAUUCUCAUAUGCGUUUCAGAUAUGGAUUAUGGAGGCAAUCCCAGACAUCGGUUCUAUGGUGGGUAAAAAGAUCAAAAACAACUUGACGAAAGUGAGAUGUAGGAAUUGGAAAGGAAGUGGAAAAGUAUCAUAUCAAGAUAUCACCAGCCUAGAGUCCAACUUUGAUAAGGGAGAGCUGUUCCCGUUUAUAUCAUCUACUGGGAGCUUGGAUGCAACUGAUAAUGCUGAGUUCUUUAGGGAAGAUGAGAAGAAUGACGAAAGAGUCAAUCGCAUUGUUGCUCUGAUCAGUGCCAAACAAGACUGGAAGCAAUUCACUUGGGAAGUUGAGACUCUGCCUCCAAAUAUGGAGUUAUCUGACGCAGAAGAGGAUGUCGAAGUUGAAAAUGUCACAGAAACACCUGUGGAGGAACCGGCUGUUGUUGAAGAGGAACCAGCUGUUGUUACAAAAAGGGGGAAGCGUAAGCUAAUUGAUCCUGGUGUCGAGUCUCGAAAGAAACAACUUCUUUGUCAAAGAGCGGCUGAACAUAACAGUGUUGUCUCCGGUGAUAUGAAGACCUUCAUUGAAGGUUUGUUCAACUCUUCUUUCAAUUCUUUUAAGGAGCUGCUGCAGAAGGACAUACAAGAGCGUUUUGACAAGGUCGACAAUGAGAUGGCUCAACUGAAGGCAACAGUGUCGCAGAUUACGGGUCCUUCAGUUGCAGUGGGACGAGACAUAGCAUCUGAGAUUCUCUGUCCUUCUGCAACACUUGGGAAAGAGCAAGAGAAAUCAUCACAGAGUCCGGGUCCUUCAGGAGCAAAGGGAAAAGGCAAAGGCAAGGCAUCUGUGAGUGUUGAUCCUCCUCCGCUUCGUCGUAGCCCUCGGCCAGUAAGAAAGGAAGUUAAAACUGAUGACGAUGACAUGUUUGAUUUUUUGAAGAAUUUGUCACAAUCAUCGACCUAUGUAGAUAAGGGGACACAAGAAUUUUUACAAGACGCCGUGGGAAACCUUUCUCAAGCAUCACAUGUUAAAGGCUUUGAUCCCUCACAAAAAAUCAAGGACGACGAACCAGCAGAAUGGGUUACUCCACUGUCUUCAUUUAAGCCUCCGAAUUGGAAACCACCUACUCUAAAAGAUGAGGAAUUACUUGAGGACCGGGUGCAUGACAUUGAUCACUCACUAGUGUUUGUCCCUGAGGAUGGAUGGGCCAAAAUAAUUGAGUGGUCCUCAACUUCCAAUGAACUGAAAAUUGGACCUUCUAUGUUAACAAGUGUGUUAGCAGCACGCGUCAUGGGACCUACAGAGUGGCUUUUGAAUCACGAAAUUGAUGCUAUGAUGUACUUAUUCACUGAGAGGACUACUUUGCGACGAUGGGAACCAACAAAAGUAGCAUUCAUGAGCUGCAUGUUCAGUAAUCAAAUGAAGACCUCUUUCGAUGAGUUUCAGGAAGGACAAGAAGAAAUUCAAAGUAUCUGAAUUGCUUCACCGGUACGGCAUUGGUGAACUUCCACCACACGGACGAACAGGACUGACGUGGGAUCUUGACGUCACACGCAUGUAUGUGCCUCUAAAUGUCGGUAAACACUGGAUCUCUAUGUGUGUCAACUUUGUUUCUCGGUCGAUAGAGGUCUUUGACUGUGAGGGAUUGAAAUACAACAAGGAAGUAGAGCCAUUUGCCAUUCUCAUCCCUAGGAUUGUCAAAUCUGUUCACUCAUCAAAGAAUCGGCAGCAACUCAAGGUCAAGCAAUAUACUGUCAGUUACGCCCCAAUGCCCUACUUAUUAAACAAGAGUAGCAGUGAUUGUGGAGUGUAUGCCUUGAAGCACAUUGAAUGUCAUCUUCUAGGCUUGGAUUUCGCCCUGGUGAAUGACAACAACAUUCGAGAAGCGCGCCAAAAGAUUGUUUACGACCUAUGGGAAGCUGCCAAUGAUCCUGAGCUUAUUUUGAGAAUGGCACAAUACACUCCUCCAAAGACGAUCACAAAUCCUCUAGUGGAACUUGAUUGAAGUUCUUUCGUUUAUUACUUGUUAAGGAAAUAGGUUGUUAUUGGCUCUCUUAUUUGACUCUUGAAUUUGAUUCUUGUAGUUACUCUUUAGUUUUUACUUUAUUUGAAACAUUUAGUUGUUCGA